AUGAGCGUUUCCAAACCUUCAACACUAUUAUCACAGAUACUUCCGCCGCUCGUGUUGGGCGGUGCGGGAUUCAGCCAUCAGUUACGGCAUAAUCCCAAUUCAAGCCAAACCCUGGACGUUCUUAAACGCGCGUUUGAACUUGGCUUGCGCGCAAUCGACACCUCUGCAUAUUACCACCCGUCUGAAAUACUCCUUGGUGAAGCGCUGUCUCACCCCGACAUCACAAGUCACUACUCUCGCGAUCAUUACUUUUUGAUGACCAAAACUGGGCGCAUUAGUGUCGAUCAGUUCGACUAUUCGCCCGCUUGGAUACGACGCUCGGUAUUACGGUCGCUGCAACGCCUACAAACAAGCUAUCUAGAUGUCGUGUUCUGUCAUGAUGUCGAAUUUGUCCCCGAGAAAGAAGCGCUUCAAGCUGUGGGCACCUUGAUCGAUAUGGUUCAGGAGGGUCACAUCCGAUACAUUGGCAUAUCAGGAUACCGCAUCGAUAUCCUCGCUCGCCUUGCCCACCGCGUCAAGGAGCAAUACAACCGCCCCUUGGAUAUCAUACAGAAUUGGGCGCAGUUGACUCUUCAAAAUGAUCGACUAGCGCAUGAAGGUUUGGCGGCCUUCCAGCGUGCCGGUGUUUCGUCCGUGUGUAGCUCCAGUCCACUGGCGAUCGGUCUUCUCCGUGAAAACGGGGUUCCCGUUGGGGAUUUGGGCGACUUCCAUCCUGCCCCUCCGGGUUUGCGCAAAGCAGCCCAAGCAGCCUCUGAGUACGUUAAAGCCCGUGGCGAAUCCCUUGCAGAUUUGGCGCUGCGAUAUGCUAUUCGGCGAGCACAGAUGGAGUCUUCAGAUGGGUUCCGUGUUACUACGAUCAUGGGCAUCGCUAAUGUUGCCGAACUGGAAGAAAAUCUUGUGUCAGCUCAAAAGAUUCUCCAAAAGUCCGAAGAGAACGGUUCUCACUGGCUUUGGGGUACAAAUACUACCGAAAUAAUUGAGUCUGGAGACACGGAUGCAGAAGAUGAGAUGUAUGCAAAGGUGCAGAAAAUUCUGGGACCGUGGCGAAAUUAUAGCUUCCCAAGUCCAGGUGACGGCUGGGAUGUAACUCAUAAGCGCAUGGGGACAGUGAAGCUAUGA